AUGGCCAAAACAAGAUCGAAAAAGCAAGGCGGCGAGCCUGCUGCUAAAAAGCAGAAGGUUGCCCAAAGUCCUAAGAAAGCUACCAAAAGCCAACUGAAAGACGAGGUGAAAGAGUACGGCUAUGUCUCCAAGAAGCAGGCAACCGCAGCACUUACUGAACUCUCCAAGUUCUUGGAUCGUCAGAAGGAAACUUCCGAGAAGUCCCAAUUGUUUGACGACGAUGAAGAUGACGAGGACAAGAAUGUCUACUUGGAGGUCCAGAAAAAGAAAUACUUCAGCAAGAAGCCUGCUUUCAAGGCGAAGCUCAUCACCAUCCCAAAGCCAUACUUGAACGUCAAGAACGACAUCAAGACAUGCUUCCUUGUUAGAGACAGCUUUAUUCAGACCAAUGAAGAUUUGGAGAAGGUCGAGGCUGCCAACAUCUCAACUUUGAGCAAGAUUCUCACGUUGAAGCAGCUCAAGACAAUCUACCACCCAUACGAAAAGCGUCGUGAGUUGUACAAGGAGUUCGACUUGUUCGUCACUGACGAUGCUAUCUUGUCAUCGCUCCCCAACGUUUUGGGUAAGAUCAUGUACGACAACCAAAAGACCAAAUUCCCAGUUCAAAUCAGACCAUACGAAUCAAACCUGCCAAAGGAACUCUCGAUCGAAAAGCUUCAGAGCCAGAUCGAAAAGGUUUUGCAAUCUGCACCAUACUUACCUCCAAUGGGUACCACCGCUCACUUCAAGCUCGGUGCCCUCAAUAAGCAUUUCACCCAAGAGGAGUUGCUCGACAACUUGCACGCCGUUCUCAAAGAGUUUGAGCAAGACGAGUUGGUGACUGUGGGUAUCAAAACCGACAAGUCUCCUGUGUUGCCCCUCUUCUACACCGAUAAAAUAUAUAACGAAGACGAUGUUCUCGAGCUGGCUCCUGAGGAAGCCGAGGCCGAGGUCAGCGAGGAUGCUUUCGCUACUGCUUUGCUCGAGUUGGCCGACGAAGACGCUGUCAACACCGCUCUCAAGGAAAACAGAAUGGGCAAGCUUGCGAGGGCCAACGAGUACAAGUCUCUGGAAGACUGUCUCCACAUCGGUGAUCUCAAGGUACCCAAGAAGUACAUAACGAUUCACAUAGGAAGCCAAGAUCUCCACAGUACCGCACAAACACCGCUUUCUGUAACCUUUGAAUCCAUUUGCACGACUACAGUUAACGGAGCGGUCUACAAGCUUCCCUCCAAAGAAGCUGAACCCAUCACAGAGCAGUUUACUGAAGAUGACCUACUACUCAAAGUCAAUGCCAACAAAUCUGAUCGCAUACAGCUUCGUCUUCAAUGGCGUGACGUGAAUGUGGUAGCCUUCUCGAAGAAAAUGUCUUAUGAUGAUGAGUUGAUGGAAUCACCUCUACCUGGUAACAUUAGGAGUCUAUACGACAGUGGCACCGAUAUGAGAUUGGUUUCAGAUCCGCUACUGGCAUCACACUACUUGACCUUGAUUGACUUAAACGACUUCAAUCUACGAAUCGCCUUACUGAGGGCGCUACCUGUUGUUUCCGAAUCUUGGUUAGAGGCUGUCAGAGAAGAGCCACAGAAGGUGGAUGAUUGGUUGUUGGAUAUCAAAGACGACUAUUUCUACUCCAAAUCUGACAACGACUUUGUUUUUCCAGAUAUCAACAGAAGCAGCUUGCUAUCAGGUAUCAACUGCUUUAUAUGCCAUGGUACUGUCACUAAACAGGUAGGCAGACUACAAGAGUGGAUCAGAUGUCUAGGAUGCGAUCCCACCAUGCUAGGCAUUGAGAGUCAAGAGACUGUUGAAGCAACUUUGAGAGAUGCAAUUGCGCCCUUUGUUUUUCACGUUGAGAAUGAUGAAAAGGUGGACUUCUUGAAGGAACGCCUGAACAACACUGAUACUCUUUGGAAUGCUGUGGUGAACAAGUCCACGUCACAUCUCCGGCAAUUCACCCCUAUUGUCAAACGUGAAUCCCAAAUGGGUGACCUACGGUUGUCUCAACGGAAGAAAAGACGGAAACUUGAGAAGGUUGGCGACACUGACUUCUUCCUGUUCAGCCAAAAGCAGUCAACGCCUGCUUCCGAGCCAGAGGUAAUAGACCACGUUGAGGUUAAUCCUGCUCCUCCAGCUCAGCAAAGUCAGUUGGUCAAUGAAGAACAUGCUACCAACAAUUUGGAAGAAGUGUCACCUUCCGAACCACCAGAGACUACAGUGCCUUCGAAGUCAGACCAAGAGGUGAAAUCCGAUGAAGAAGAUACAGAAUCUGCCACACAAAGCAUUGAAGCCUCUGAGGAGAAUAACAAGCGACCUCUGGACUCCAUCAUCGAGCAAGAAGCAAAACGACAAAAAGCAGAAACUGCCAAGCCGCGAGAGAAAAUCGUUCCUAGAGUAUCUCUUGUGGAUGCUGUUCUUUCUACAAAAAAACAAGCUGAUGAUGUGGUGAAGAAGGAGCUUGGGCUUGAUGAGUUCGAUGAGAAUGUGAAUGAAAAGCUCGACAAGCUAGUCAUUGUUGAAGAAGUGGAUCUCGUUGUCCGCAAGAAAAAAGACAAAGCUGAGGCAAGACCCGACUAUAAAGGUCGCAAAAACUUUAAGAACUUCAAGAAAGCAGGAUCUGUUCCCAAGAACGUCACGAGAACUUUCAUUUCCUUGGAAGACCACGAUAAUAGCAUACACUUUGAGGACUAUGCUCCUCAAAGGAAUUCUGAAGUGAAGGGGCGUCUUGCAAGUGAGUUCGAGCGAGAAAUGAAAGAGGUUAAGGGCUAUCAGCCUCAAGAGUCUCAAUUAUUCGUCGGAGAGGAGUCAGAUGAUGGGGUAGAUAUGCCAUUUUCAUUCCUGACUACGUCGAGGGAACCAACCACACUUACAUUGAGACCUGACGAUGACAGCGAUGAUGAUGGAGAUGUUGCAUUUGCAUUUACUAGAAGAUAA